AGUUGUGAGUGUACCUUUAGACAAAUUCGUGGAAUUUUUUAGUAGUAAAAUCAGGAAGAAAUUGACAUUGAAUUAUUUGUCUUUUUUGAAUAAAAAUAAUUAGUUUUAAUAGGAAAAUAAAUUUAGUGAAUCAUGAGCAAGUCAUCAUCUUUGUUGUUUGGUUCGGGUUUUAAAAAAUGGGCGUUCAAUCUGACUCGGUAUAACCAAUUAGGUUUGUUGCACGACGAUUUGUACAAUCAAUUUAAUCCAGCAGUUGUCGAGGCAUUGCGCCGAUUACCCCAGGACAUUAAAGAUGAACGUAAUUUCCGUAUUUGUCGUGCUAUGCAGGUAAAUUGUACAAAAUCAAUUUUACCAAAAGAACAAUGGACAAAAUUCGAAGAGGAUAUUAGAUAUCUUAAACCAUAUAUAAAAGAAGUUGAAGCUGAGAUGUUGGAGAAAGAAUUAUGGGAUAAAGAAUAGAAGAGAAGUAUCAAUUAUAGUAUAAAAAAUUAAUAAAAUAUUACAUUUUAAUAUUUAAUUAUUCGGCAUUUACGCCAAUUCUUCGUGUACAAAUAAAAAAAAUCUUCUGUUAAAGUUAAAUAAAAGUUGAAUACUUUCAUGAUAUAGAAAUCAA